AUGUCGGCGAAUUUGCCGAGGUUUAUUUCCGAGAAGGAAGUUACAGAACGCAGACUUCGAAAUGAAGCUGAGGGAAUAAAAGAGGAACCCUAUGAUCCGCGAUCACUGUAUGAUCGCUUACAGGUUCGUUGGUAAUCGACCUGAGCACAGUCUCUAGGCCGAAAAGGCUCGUAAACAAGAAGAAUAUGAAACCAAUGCUGCUUUUAAGAACCAAAUUCAUCGAUUGGAUCCUGACGAAGCAGAAUUUUUGGCGAAAGUUGAAGAAAAGAAAUAUAGCGCUCAAGAAUUUGCCGAACAUGAGGCUGAUAUGCUUAUUAAGGAGGCGAAAAUAUCCUUUUGCUUUUAUUGA